UUUAAAGUUAAGCAAUCUGUAUAAUAAACAAGAACUGGGGAAUGAAUCAUGGAAUACUACCCCACAGAAGGUCAUUCAACCCAUUGGAUCUGCACCAACUCUUUUGAAGAGCAUUUCAGUUAGUCCCACUCCCUUGCUCUUUCCCCAUGUUCCUGCAAUUUUUCUUCCUUCAAGAUUUUAUCCAAUUUCCUUUUGAAAGUCACCACUGAAUCCUGGAAUAAUUAUGAAUUGCUGCUAUUCAUUGAUGGACGUACUAUAAAACUUGUUGCUACAUGUGCAAUAUAGAUCAAUGAAGAAAAACAAGUGAAGGAUACAGUAACGUGACUUUCUGAACCAACCUGCUUGAACUUAAUAUUCUGUCCUCUCCCCUCCUCGUUAAAGAGUGCUGUGGGAUCUUCUAUGCCCUGAGAGGGUAGAUGGGGAUUUGGUUUUAACAUCUCACCUGAAAGACUGCGUCAGAGAUAAUGCAGCACCUCCUCAGUACUGUCAAUAUUGUCAAGUUUCUGGAGUUGGGUUUGAAUCCAAUAAUUUUCUGACUCAGGUACUGGAUCCCCAAUAUGGUAUGUACAUUUGGCCAUGUGCUGUGGUUCUAGCACAAUACAUAUGGUUUUACAGAAAUACAGUAAGAGGAAAGGCCAUUUUAGAGAUUGGUGCUGGUGCAAGCCUACCUGGGAUAGUGGCAGCAAAAUGUGGUGGGAGAGUGAUUUUAUCGGAUGGUGCGGAGAUUCAGAAUUGCUUGGAUAACUGCCGCCUGAGUUGCCAGAUUAAUAACCUUGAGGAUGUGUCUGUCAUCGGUUUAACCUGGGGGCAAAUAUCUCCUGAUCUAGUGCUGUUACCACAGAUAGACAUCAUUCUGGGUUCUGAUGUGUUUUAUGAGCCUAAAGACUUCGAGGAUAUAUUAACAACUGUUUUUUACCUCAUGCAAAAAAAUCCACAUAUGCUUUUCUGGACCACUUAUCAGGAACGCAGUGCUGACUGGUCAAUCGAAGCAUUGCUAUACAAGUGGAAUAUGGAGUGUGUUCACAUUCAACUAGAAACAUUUAAUGCAGAUGAAGAAUGCCUUGCUGGAUCCAGUUUGCCUGGAAGUCACACUGUUCACAUGAUGAUUAUCACCAGAAGGACUGGUAUUCCUUCAGUAACCUACAGCCAGUUCAGUGGCAAAAUAUAACAAUGUUUUUCUCAUUGGAAGUACCAUUUUAGAAAGACUGCAAUCUCCGUUGGUGCUAUCAUUUUUCCAUUCAGAAUUAAUUACAUGCACAGGGUUAUACCGAAGGAAACCUUGUAAAUAUUCCAGUUAGACACCAUAUGUAGAAAAUCUACUGUAGAAACAUUUAGUUGAAGUAUAGCUCUGCUGUUGAAAGUGUGGGGGGCAUGGAAGAUAUAGGAAUAAAAAUGUAGAAUUGUUUGGCUUAAAAUCUUUUAUAAAAUACAUUAAUUAGCUUUUAAACCAAUAUUUCCUGAUUAUCCCUAUUAUUCUCCUGUCAAACCAGUGGAGAGGAUAUGAUCCAAAACAAGUGCUUCAUAUUUAUUUCUUGAUGACUAGUGCUAUUGGGUAUUGAUACUACAGCCUAGUCUUAACUCAGUUUAAAGAUCAUAAACAAUUAAAAAAAAUGCCUUUAUAGGAUGGUAGCGGCUUCCAAAUCCCUGCUCCUUUCCUACCUUAUCUCUGAAUUCAAGCAUAUGAAGUGCUCUUUUUUCCUGAUGCAACAGACUGUAAUCUCAAUGUCCAGUUACAAGAAACAAUCUUAUUUAUCUUUGAUUGAUUUAAAGGUCUACCUACUCAGUGUGUGCUUUAACUGAGAUACUUUAUUACCCUCAAAUUAGGAACAAUGAAAUUUUCACUUGAAGACAACAAAAUAAUGCAUGUAAAAAGCAUUUCCCCACGUAUUCUCGGUUCUUAAAAGAGAGCAUGCUAAAUGCUUAAAUUAUGCAACUACAGUGUCUCAUUGAAAUAAACGGACAUAUUCCCAAAGUA